UGUCCAGUCCUCUGAGCUGCACAGAAAGAAACCUCCGGGCUGCGCGCAGCCCCCUGCGCUGAGCCCAGAACAAGCACCGCUAUGGUCCUGUAAUCACCAGAUCAAUUAGCACCUCACUUCAGAUGAGGUCCCAGUCCUGCUCUCCUCAGAGCUGGGGUUGUUCUGAUCAAAUUCUCACUCUCCCCACGCGAUGCCACCCGUUCCUGGGCGAUGCCCUGCUCAGACACUUUCACGUCUCACCACACAGAGCGGUAACUUUGCCCUUGACAUGAAAUCAUCAACACAUCCAAAUUACAGGAAAUUCAGCUCCCAUUUCCUGGAGCAGCCUGAAGCACCACGCUGCAGGGACUUGUUCUGCAAUUUCUGUUUCACUUUCCUUCCCUCCUGAGCCAGGCUGGCUUUCAGCUUCCACCAUGAAGCUUCUGAGCGUUGGUGUAUUCUUUGUUCUCGUGCCCGCCUUGUUGCCAGCCUUGGAUCCGCUCAGCGCUUCGCUCUUCAUGGGGGGUGCCGCCAUCACCUGGCAGCUCUUCUCCUCUCACUCCUGGCUCAAGUGCCGUCUCCUGGAGUGCUGCAAUGUGAAGGACACGCUGAACUUCUCAGUUGUGAAAACAGAUUUGGAGCGAAAAGUCUUUGGCCAGCAUCUUGCUGUCCAAUUAAUUCUGAGAGCUCUGAGCGCAAAUAUUUACUCCAAACGGCCCAAGAAACCCCUGGUGAUGUCCUUCCACGGCUGGACUGGAACAGGCAAAACGUUUGUCAGCAGUAUCAUCGCAGAGAACUUCUAUCAGCCUAGUACAGCAAGAAGGAGGUUUGUGCACCACUUUGACAUGGUACUGCAUUUCUCACACACCUCACGUGUCCAUCUGUACAAGGAACAGCUGCAGGAUUGGAUUCGGGGCAAUGUCAGUGCCUGUCCAAGGUCCCUUUUUAUCUUCUCUGAAAUGGAUCAGAUGCCACAUGGCCUGAUAGACUCGAUUACGCCUUUCCUUGGCUACCACGAAGAGAUUGAUGGAGUUUAUUAUGGCAAGGCAAUCUUCAUCUUCUUGAACAAUGCAGGUGGAGAUAAGAUAACAGAGAUUGCUCUUGAUUACUGGAGAAGUCUGAAGAGAAGAGAAGACAUCCCUGUGAAGGAGCUCCAGCAUCUGCUAUCUGAGGAAAUUUUCAGGAACACAAACAGUGGUUUCUAUCAAAGUCAACUGAUCCAGAAGAACCUGAUUGACUAUUUCAUCCCUUUCCUUCCUCUUGAAUAUAAACACGUGAAACAGUGUGUCCGGGAGGAGCUGCGUGCGCAAGGGCAUCCUGAGGAUGAGGCCCUCAUCACAGAGAUUGCCUUGGCAAUGACCGACUACCCCAGUGAAGAAAGACUCUACUCCAGCAAAGGCUGCAAGACUGUCGCCUCCAGAGUGACUCUGAGCACCUAGACAUUACGAGGCCAAACGCCUUGUGUUCCUACUGCAAGACCAAAGCAGAUGAAAGAACCAGUAACUCCCUUCUACCUACACGUCCUUGAUGGGAUUCGGGCUUUUCCAUAGCAGAGGGACCUUCAGAAGAGCCCUUAAAUAAAUACAAAGGGCAAUGCAACAAUCAUAGCACAGAGUAAGCAGAAGAGGGACAUGCAUGGAGGAUGAGGCUUGCU